AUGACUACUGAAAUGGAAGCGGGGGAUUAUUGGAGACCGGAGUUCGGUUAUUCAGGAGACCAGAUUAAGCAUCUUAUGGCCGUUAGUAUCAUAGGGAAAACGCUUGGUGGACUUAUCUUCAUCUAUGGCAGCUUCUUUGGAGCUUUCCUCCUGCUUCUGCACCAAGGUAUUGCUACAAUGAUACAUCAUGAUUUCUACAGCCAUCGUAUCGACAUUGAAGAAUUAGGAUUGCUUUAUCUCAAAUUUAAAAAGGAUCCUGAACGGUGUCGUACGAUGCCACACAAAACUUCUACAAAAACUUUGACGAGCAGCAAAAUUGAGAAAGCCAUAUCAAAAUUCCGUGAGAUCCUGAACGAAACGAUGUCGUACGAUACCGCAAACAGUUUCUACAAGUCAAACUUUGACGCGCAGCAAGUUGAGCAAGUCAUCAAAAUUUCGUGA